AUGUUAGGCUUUAUCGUUCUCGCACUCACGGCGUACUUAGCAGUAACUCGGGCUCUGCCUGAACAUCCAGUCCCCGAAAAGGCCACCCCUUGUGGAAAGUCGAAUGACUGUUCUGCUAAUCCAUGGGCUAGACUCUAUCCUGCACCCGGUGCCGUGGUGGUAGACAACAGCGCCAAUCCGCACAAAGGAUCCUUCACAACAGUGCAAGCAGGUGUUAACGCUCUCAAUAGUACCACUACUCGUCCCCAAGAUCUUUUCAUUUUCCCCGGAACGUACAAAGAGCAAGUUUACAUUCCGAAAUUCAAGUCGAACCUGACUGUGCAAGGCUAUACCCGCAAUUCGAAGGGCUAUGAUGAAAACACCGUAACAAUCACUUACGACCUUGCUCUCAUCAAUACGACGAGUGAUGAUCUGACUGCGACUCUUCGCUUGUGGAAUCCCAACACUAAAGUCUACAACCUGAACGUGGUCAACACCUUUGGGCAUAUUCCCAAGAACGGCCAAAAUCUGGCUGUUUCUGCAGAGGCCACGGGCCAGGGCUACUACGGUUGCCAACUGAUCGGAUAUCAGGAUACUCUGCUUGCCGAAACUGGACUACAGCUCUACGCAAAGUCUCUAAUAGUCGGCGCAGUCGAUUUCAUCUUUGGCCAAAAUGCCCUUGCAUGGUUUGAGAAUAUUGAUAUCCGCACUAUUGCAACAGGCUCUGUAACUGCUUCAGGUCGCAGCAGCGCUACAAAUCCCUCUUGGUACGUGAUCAAUCGAUCAACCGUUUCAGCUAUCAACGACACCAUCCCAACGGGCGUCAACUACCUUGGUCGUCCUUGGGGCUCCUUCGCACGAGUCGUCUUCCAAGAGACUUAUCUAGGAAACAUUAUCGCUUCUGCGGGCUGGUCGCAAUGGUCAACGAGUACGCCAAAUAUCGGCAACGUCACAUUUGCCGAAUACAAUAAUUAUGGUCCUGGGUCAGCUCUUCAAGAAGGGCCAAGAGCAAAUUUUAGUGAGCAGCUUMCCCAGCCAAUUUCUAUACGGUCUAUCCUUGGCGAGGGUUUUGAGGAUGAGUGGUGGGUAGAUACCACGUAUAUCGACAAGAGUGAUCUCAAGACCGGUAAAUUUACGUCAACCACAAUGUCCAUUGCUCCUUCCAGUUCGACGUCUACACCCUCUCCAGUCUCAACUUCUUCAUCCGCUACUUCGAUCACUGUGUCUACUACCACAACACUCACAUCUUCCUUAACUUCUAGCACUACCUUGAGCGCGACACCAACAUCAUCUGUUUCUGUACCUUUGACAACCGCAGCUGUUACAUCUUCGAGUCAAUCAGUGUCGUCCUCAGCCACACCUUGCACAUGCACGGAAUACUCUCAGAUAUCCUCCGCCGUUGCCUCCUGUACUAACAUUGUCCUGUCCAAUAUCGCUGCUCCAAACGAUUCCGCAAUCGAUCUCUCUGGUCUCCAGGCUGGAACUACAGUCACGUUUGACGGUCUAACUACCUUUGGAUUCACAAAUUCCUCCACUUUCAAUCCUUUGACCAUCAGUGGCGCGGGUAUCACCAUCACCGCCAAUCCAGGAGCAGUCAUCGACGGCAAUGGCCAAGCGUACUGGGAUGGUCUAGGCUCCAAUGGGGGUGUCCCCAAGCCUGACCAUUUUAUCGUGGUUAAGAAAGUGACCUCAAACUCGGUUUUUAAGAACUUGUAUAUUCAGAACUGGCCGACUCAUCUGUUUUCAAUUUCCAGCUCCUCAGACCUCGUCUUUCAGGACUUGGUUUUGAAUAACAUUGCAGGCGAUGCGCCCAAUUCAGUUAGUGGAGGACUUCCUGCGGCACACAACUCGGAUGGGUUUGAUUUAAGCUCAUCAAACAAUAUCGUCAUUGAGAGAAGCCUCGUGUACAAUCAAGAUGACUGUGUGGCAAUCACAAGUGGUGAUAACGUAACGGUCUCGAAUUUGGAAUGUCACGGUGGUCAUGGACUUAGCAUCGGAUCUGUGGGUGGCAAGAGCAACAAUAACGUGACGAACAUACAAUUCGCCGAUUCCUCAAUCAUCGAUUCUCAGAACGGUUGCCGGAUCAAAACCAAUUACAACACUACCGGUUACAUCGCUAAUAUCACAUAUGCUAAUAUCGCAAUUAGCAAUGUCUCUAUCUACGGGAUCGACGUGCAGCAGGACUACCUCAACGGUGGACCAACUGGGACACCUACCAAUGGGGUUUUGAUUCAAAAUGUGCAGUUCCUAAACGUGACUGGAGCAGCUGCUUCAUCGGCGCAGGACUAUUAUAUUUUAUGCGGUGAUGGAUCCUGCUCGAAUUUCACGUUUAAUGAUGUUCUAAUAUCUGGUGGUGGAGUGGCUAGUAGCUGUAAUUAUCCUUCAAGUGGAUGUCCUUCGUAG